CUCGCAGUCAGCGGGUUUAAGAAAGAAACAAACAAGCACGAAUCAUCUUGCCGAUCUGCCCCAUGACGAACAGCUGCUGAGCACAUGGAGGCCCGCAGCGAGCUUGUUAACUAUUACUCGUAUAUCCGUUUAUCAAUGGCCGCCGGCCGAAUGGGCUGAGCUCUUAGCCGCCCUAUAACUAUCAGUCAACUUGGUUGUCCGCAUCACUGCCUCAGAGCGCUCUUGGCCUUAAGUCGAUCAGCAACUCACUAGCUAGCUUCUGCGCAGCUUGUGAUUUGUCAGUGCAGAACCGCUCGAUCUAGAGAUCAUGGGGUCGACGACGGAGCAGAAGCCACACGCGGUGUGCGUGCCGUUCCCGGCGCAGGGCCACAUCACGCCGAUGCUCAAAGUGGCCAAGCUGCUGCACGUCAGGGGCUUCCACGUCACCUUCGUCCUCACCGAGUACAACUACGGCCGCCUCCUCAAAUCGCGGGGCGCGGCCGCGUUCCACGGCUGCCCGGGCUUCGACUUCACCAAGAUCCCGGACGGCCUCCCGCCGCCCGACGCCGACGCCACCCAGGACAUCCCCGCGCUCUGCCACUCCACCAUGACCACCUGCCUCCCCCACCUCACCGCUCUCCUGGCCACACUCAACGACCCGGCCUCCGGCGUCCCGCCGGUAACGUGCCUCGUGUGCGACGUCGUCAUGUCGUUCGCCUACGAUGCCGCCAAGGAGAUCGGCCUGUCCUGCGCCGGGCUGUGGACGGCCAGCGCCUGCGGCUUCAUGGCCUACAACUACUACAAGAACCUGGUCGAGCAGGGGCUCGUGCCGCUCAAGGACGAGGCGCAGCUCACGGACGGGUACCUCGACACGGUCGUCGACGGCGUGCCCGGCGUGUGCGACGGCAUCCAGCUGCGCGAUUUCCCCGACUUCAUCCGCACCACGGACCCCAACGCCAUCAUGCUCAACUUCCUCAUCCGCGAGACCUCGCGGGCGGCGUCGCUGCCGGACGCCGUCGUCGUCAACUCCUUCGACGACCUAGAGGGUCGGGAGCUCGACGCCAUGCGAGCCAUCCUCCCGCCCGUCUGCGUCGUUGGCCCGCUCCUCCUCCAAGUCCGCCGGGUCAUUCCCAAGGGCUCCCCUCUCGACGUGACCGUGCAGUCCAACCUGUGGAAGGAGCAGGACGGCCUGCUCGAGUGGCUCGACCGCCGCCCGCCCCGCUCGGUGGUGUACGUCAACUACGGCAGCAUCACGGUGAUGAGCAACGAGCAGAUGCUGGAGUUCGCGUGGGGGCUGGCCAACAGCGGCUACCCCUUCCUGUGGAACGUGCGCCCCGACCUCGUCAAGGGCGACGCGGCCGUGCUGCCGCCGGAGUUCUCCGCCGCCAUCGAGGGCCGCGGCCUCCUGACCACGUGGUGCCCGCAGGAGAAAGUGAUCGUGCACGACGCCGUCGGCGUGUUCCUGACGCACUCCGGGUGGAACUCCACGCUGGAGAGCCUCUGCGCCGGCGUGCCAAUGCUGAGCUGGCCCUUCUUCGCGGAGCAGCAGACCAACUGCAGGUACAAGCGCACGGAGUGGGGCGUCGGGAUGGAGAUCGGCGGGGAGGUCAGGCGGGCGGACGUGGCGGAGAAGAUUCAAGAUGCCAUGGAGGGGGACAAGGGGGAGGAGAUGCGCCGGCGGGCGGCGGAAUGGAAGGACAAGGCCGCGCGGGCGACGCUGCCAGGUGGCGCAGCGGAGGUCAAUCUGGACAGACUAAUUCAUAUCCUGCAAGGCAAGACCGGUCCAGCGGUCAAUCCAUCUGCUUCCGCAAAUUAAAUCACACGAAUUUGAUUUCGAUCAAUUCUUGUGGGUGUGUUUAUUUCUCAGUCGACUCAGAGCCAACUUCAUUCUCAAUCAGAUAAUG